CCCCCCCCUUCUUUUGCCUCAACGCUGGACUCAGCAGGACUGUAAACUUGCAAAGUUGUCGACCGCCAUCGUUUAAGGAAAAAGAAACGGAGGAUGCGUUCAGGGAAGUUGCACGUGGCGGUUAUCGGUGCCGGGGCGGCAGGUCUGUGUGCCGCGAGACACAUCCUGGCACGGGGAGGCUCCUUCUACCCCCCCACGGUGUUUGAGCAGAGCGAGCGGGUCGGGGGCACCUGGGUCUACGAGGAGCGAGUCGGCAAGGAUCAGAGAGGCAGGACUGUGCACAGCAGCAUGUACCGGGACCUGAGAACCAACAUCCCGAAGGAGGUGAUGGCAUUCCCGGAUUUCCCGUUUGAGAAGCGGCUCCCCUCGUUCAUGCAUCACUCGGAGGUGCGGCGCUACCUGGAGCAGUACUGCCAGCACUACAGGCUGAGAGAACAUAUCCAGUUUGGCACCUCUGUGGAGUCUGUGAAGCUGGUGGUCACAAAGAAGGGGUGGCGUGGACUGGAAUGGGACGUGACCACCUCCGACAUGAUUGGUAAAAAGGAGACAACCACCGAGCAGUUUGAUGCAGUGAUGGUGUGUAACGGGCACUUCUCUGACCCUUAUAUCCCACCCAUUCCUGGCCUGGAGAAUUUCAAGGGCACUCUGAUGCACAGCCAUGACUAUCGCUGUCCGGAGCCCUUUGCUGGACAGAGUGUUCUGCUGCUGGGGGCCGGUCUCUCUGGGCUGGACAUCGCCCAGGAGCUCUCCGCAGUGACCAGACCUGUGACCCUGAGCCACAGCCAGCCCCCCCUACGCAGCCCUCUGCCCCGGGGGAUGCUGGAGGCCCCUGGGGUGCAGUGUGUGCUGGGGGACGGGGCCCUGGAGCUGGGGGAUGGGAGCCUCGUCCGGCCGGACGUCUUCAUACUCUGCACUGGAUACAACUUCACCUUCCCUUUCCUGGAACCAGGGGAGCUGAGGCUACAGCUCGGGAGCCACACGGUGUCCCCCCUCUACAAGCACCUGCUGCACACAGCCUUCCCCUCCCUCUCCAUCAUGGGGCUCUGCAGGGACACCGUCCCCUUCCCCCACUUCCACUGUCAGACCCAGUUUGCCCUCUCUGUGCUCGAUGGCUCCUUCACGCUGCCCUCGCGUGAGGAGAUGGACCAGGAGGUGGACACUGAGACCCGGAGGCUGCUGGACAGCAGUGUCCCACUGAGACACGUCCUGAGGCUGGACGCAGAGCAAUGGGAUUACAACAACCAGCUGGCCGCACUGGGGAACUUCCCAGCCCUGCCCCCCUACUGGAGGAGCCUCUACCAGGCGAACAAGGAGUUCAGAGCAACAGACCUGCUGAACUACAGGAGAUACAACUACCAGGUGCUGAGCGACACGGACUGGAGCGUGGAGAGACACCCGCAGUGAGAGAGAGACCCUCACACUGAGAGAGGGGGAGACACCCGCACUGAGAGAAAGCGGAGAGACACACACACACACACAAACUGAGAGAGGGGAGAGACACACACGCUGAGAGAGAGGGGGAGACACCUGCACUGAGAAGUUGGCUUCUUAUUUGCCAGCUUCUUAUUCGCAUCCUGCAAAUGUGACAUAAAUUGAAUAAGUAACUGGGGUAUUUCAGGGGUUAAAUCGCUCUGGGACACUUAUUUCAACGUUGAGACUCACAGAGGGUGAAUCCCUCUACGUCAUCCAUGCGUAUUUAUGCAUUAUUGGGUUUUGACUAAUUGAAUAAUUGACAGCUUUGCACACCUGAAUAGCACAUGUCUCUGCAAUGGCCAUCCUAUGGGUUUCUGUCUGUGUGGUUUUGUUUGUGCAGGAAUGGGGACACAUGUAGUGUUUGGAAAGGAGAGUAACAGAGGGAAGUGAAACGAGCCUGUACAUGGACUUUCCUGACGAUAAGUAUUCGGCUGGCCUAUGUGUGCCUGUUUAAACAAUGAGCCAGAGUGAAUUAAGAGUUUUAGCUUGUCGGUAGCUGAUUGGAGCCUAUGGUAUGGAAAGUAGAGAUAUUUUUUCCCUCACUCUGAAGUUCCCUCCCCUGCACAGAUAACGUGUCAAAUGUUUUGCAUUUUAAUUUUAUUUUUAUUUUAUUUAUUUACAGUGUUUUGUUUUAUCCUGUAUUUUAAGCCUGGUUAAAGAACAUCGUGAGAUACUGUUUGAUCUUGUCAAUGCAUGACGCGUACAAGCCGGGAGAUCUUUCUGAAUCGAUCUUCUGCGGGGCGGCCCGUUUCACAAUGUCCUGCGGUUGCGAUAAGCUUGCUAGAAGGUUCGGAAGACGCGGAGGUCGGCGCUGAGUGCGUUUCAUAAUGCACUCCGGGCCAUGCGUUCACUCUUUUGCGAUGAGUGAAAUCACUAACUCGGUAAUCAAUUGUAAGGCACAGUGACCGAUUAGUUGCGGGUGAUCACUGAUGCAGGUGUUGUAAAAUCCUUAUUCGGGGGCGUGUUAUAAUCAAGCUGCGUCUAGCCUCCUUGUUUUAACGUGUGGGGCAGGUAAUAACAUGGGGUGGCUGCUGCACACAGCUUUGUUGUUGCUGUUGUGAACUGUAGCUGAGACAAAUUGAGGAAAGUGAUUUCUGUGUCCGUGAUUUGGGGAUCUGGAGGGUUUAUUUUAUCUAGUGAGAAGGAGACGCUUGUCGCUAUAUUUGUCACUUGAGUUUGGUCCAUUUUAUUUAUUUCUAUCACGUUUCUAACAUUUAUUGUAGACAUUUAUUAUUAUUAUUAUUAUUAUUAUUAUUAUUAUUAUUAUUAUUAUUAUUAUUAUUAUUAUUCGCGUAAUAAUUGCUGCACGACAUUGCCGCCAGUUUAAAGCAAUGCAGUCUUCCCAAUAAUGUUAUUAUCAUACUGAAUAAAUCUGGACUUUUGGUAUAUGAUUGUAUUUAAUAAAUAAACCGUGUUUGUUUUUACAACUUAA